CUGAUUGGAACAUCGAUGCCUUGCCUGUAAAGUAGCGCUGCUUGUUGGCCCUGUAGCUCAUUCGCCUUUUUAACUUCCCUGGUUUUGGUCUCAUUUUCUUUCUGUUCCCGUUAUCAUGGAAUCUUCGUUUGGUCCGAGCCAUUGCUUUGUUUCUGAAGGAGCUUCCAUUCACUAGAAUCUAGGGUUUUUUCUUGUUGAGCCUCGGGCCGUUGCGAAAGAUGAGUCCAUGGGGCGGUCUAGGCUGCUGCAUGAGUGCCGCUGCACUCUAUCUCCUGGGCAGGAGCAGCGGAAGGGAUGCGGACGUUCUAAGGUCGGUGACCAGAGUUAAUCAGCUGAAAGAUCUGGCUGUUCUUCUGGAUACUGCCUGCAAAGUUUUACCCCUUGUCGUUACUGUUUCUGGACGAGUUGGUUCAGAUACGGCUAUUCAUUGUGAACAAAGUGGUUUGAGAGGCGUGAUAGUUGAGGAGACGGCAGAACAACAUUUUCUGAAGCAUAAUGAUGCUGGAUCAUGGAUACAGGAUUCUGCUUUGAUGCUUUCCUUGAGCAAAGAGGUUCCAUGGUAUCUUGAUGAUGGGACUGGACGUACGUUUGUUGUGGGUGCUCGAGGUGCUGCAGGCCUGGCCUUGACAGUUGCAAGUGAAGUGUUUGAGGAAUCGGGACGGUCUCUAGUACGCGGGACAUUGGAUUAUCUGCAAGGACUUAAGAUGCUUGGAGUCAAGAGAACUGAAAGAGUUCUUCCAAUUGGUACUCCCUUGACUGUAGUUGGCGAGGCUAUUAAAGAUGAUAUUGGAACAAUUCGGAUUCAGCGACCGCAUAAAGGGCCCUUUUUUGUCACGCCAAAGAAUAUUGAUCAACUAAUCUCGAAUCUUGGCAGAUGGGCUAGGUUGUGUCAGUUUGCUUCUAUGGGUUUCACAGUUUUUGGUGUCUAUCUAUUAGCAAAGAGUGCACUACAGCGUAUCCUUGAAAGGAAACGACGUUGGGAAUUGCAGAAGAGGGUUCUAGCUGCUGCUGCCCAACGACAAGGGCAGGAAACUGGUGAUGAGAAGCCUGCAGCAUCACCUGAUAAUGCAAAAAGGGACCAACUAAUACCUGACAUCUGUGUCAUCUGCCUUGAACAAGAAUAUAAUGCAGUUUUUGUUCCUUGUGGUCAUAUGUGCUGCUGCACAAACUGCUCUUCGCACUUGACCAAUUGUCCACUCUGCCGGAGAAGAAUUGAUCAAGCUGUGAAGACCUUCCGCCAUUAAUAUCCACUGUAAGUAUGCUAAGAGUUGACAACUCCUUUUAACUUAAGCUAUGAUUUUCAAAACAAUAAAUAAAUAAAUAAAAUAACUCUCGACAUGGGGGAUAGUUGGGGCUGGGUGUUGUUUAGAAACGAUGAAUUUGGUGUUAGUGUUCUGAUUUGCAUGUCUUUCUGUAAGCCAUGAAGUGACUUCCCUCCCCUUUGCAAGACUGAAUCUCUCUGGGUUGUUCUUGGUAAAUUUGUAUAGUUGUGUAAAUCUUGUGCAAAAGCUUAAUAUGAGGAGUUUUAUUUUAUUUUAUUUUAAAUUUUUGGGUUGAGUUUGCAGAAGAUGAUGUACAUUCUAAAAGCAUAUUUGUUUGGAAAAGCAUUUG